AUGGCACCAAGAGGAUGCCCUAGUACGCGAUCUGCACCGGCACCGCCUCCUGAGGUGCCCGGGCAGACGGGGUCGGAUGAAGUGCGCGAGAUGCGGGCCCAAGUAGCGGCUUUGGCCGGGGCUAUGUGGCAACAGGGGGAGCAGAUUGGACAACUCCAUGAGUUGAUGGCUCAACAGGCGGCGGUGGCUGCACCUGUAUCUCAGGAUCCGCCGGCACCUGUUGCACCUGAGCGGUUGUUGGCGGUGUUGACGGCCUUCAAGCGAUUCAACCCUCCGACCUUCAACGGCAAUGUAAAGGAUCUGUGGUUGGUGGAGUCGUGGUUGGCCAUGAUGGAAGCGUUGUUUGAGGACAUCUAUACCCUCGAGAAGGAUAAAGUUCACCCAGCAGCUCACUGUUUCCAAGGGUCGGCUCGAUUGUGGUGGACUCAAGCGAAAAAGAGUCACUCGUUGGAUCUCGCUUCCGUCACUUGGGAGGCGUUUCGGGAGAUGCUAUUGAUGGAGUAUUUUUCCGAGAGUGACAAGCGGAAGAUCAAAGAAGAUUUUCACAAGUUAAGACAAGGUAGCCAGUCGGUGCGGGAGUACGAGAGGGAGUUCACGCACCUAGUCAACUGCGUGCCGAGCUCAGUGGAGCGCGGCAAUGCUAUUGCGCGAGAGGAGUGCGAAGCAUUCGAGAUGGACAAGGAAAGGGAUAAGUCCAAGAAAAGGGCGGCUAGUGGAUCUGCGGGGCAGUCGAGUUCUAAGCAACCCCCUCGACCUCAGCGAUCACAGUGGCGAGGAGGCAGGAGUCAGACACAGAGCCAGACUACCUACCCGUCCGUGAUAUGUGGCGGAGACCAUAGAGUUACUGCUUGCCCUCAGCGGGAGGGGCGGUAUUUCCAAUGCGGCCAGGCGGGCCACAUAGGCCGAGAGUGCCCAGGCGGUGCAUCACCUGCUUCGUCAUCAGCUUCAGUUCAGUAUACUCAGCGACAGCUGGCGGGACUGCCACCCGCUAUGUCUGCUGGACGUUCAUCAGCGCCUCAGUCUUCUUCUGCGACUACUGCUACUGCUGAUACUGAUCGUGGAAAGGGUGUUGCGAGCUAG